AUGGAUAAGGAUUAUGUGAGAUGGAAUCUCACAACAAGUUGUUUCUAUUUCAUCAUGUCUGGGCAAGACGGAACUCAGUCACAUGUUGUAUCCAACAGAGAAGAUGUACCUCCGCCGGUAGAGCAAAUCAGAUCGAGGAAGCGCUCGAACGUCAAGGUUAUCAUGUUCGACCGUUCUUCUAUCACUGAGGGAGAGCACGAUCUCCUGAACAUCAACUGGAUGUUCCUGGACCGAGUAGGAAUAUCCGUCCAGCGGCAUUCUCUUGCGCGUACUUUUAGAGUCUUUAACAAGCAUACAUUAGUUGUUAAAGAGUCCAUGCAUGUGGUAUUUGAUGAGUCCUCCAAGGAUUUUUCGGAAAAGGACUCGUUUGCUCAUGACUUUUUAGGUUCUCUUGAGAAUCUCACUUUGGUUGAAAAUCAAGAAGUUCCUACAAGUUUAGUGAGGACAUCUCAACCAACUCAAGAGGAGAACAAAGUUGAAUCCGACUCUUCUCCUUCGGAUCAACCCAUUCAUGGUCUACCUAAGGAUUGGGCUUUCAAGAAAAGUCACCCUCAAGAGUUGAUUAUUGCAAGUAUUUGUGGCUUUGUCAACCGCGGAAGCCGAGUAUGUAGCGGCCGGUUGUUGUUGUGCUCAAAUCCUUGGAUUAAGGAACAACUUUUGGAUUAUGGUGUUGCGCUUAGUCACAUUCCCAUCAAAUGUGACAACACUAGUGCUAUCAACCUAUCGAAGAACCAUAUUCAACAUUCUAGGAGUAAACACAUAGACAUCCGACAUCAUUUUAUUCGCGAUCAUGUACAAAAAGGUGAUGUAGUAAUCGAAUUCAUCGAUACUACUAAUCAAUAUGCGGAUAUUUUUACGAAGCCUCUAAAUGAGGAUCGUAUGCAUUUUAUCAUUCGAGAGCUUAAUAUGCUUGAUGGGAGUACAUUGAGUUAA